GGAUCUGCCUUCAUCCAGACCCAGCAGCUGCACGCAGCCAUGGCUGACACCUUCCUGGAGCACAUGUGCCGCCUGGACAUCGACUCAGCCCCCAUCACUGCCCGGAACACUGGCAUCAUCUGCACCAUCGGCCCAGCUUCCCGGUCCGUGGAAAUGCUGAAGGAGAUGAUCAAGUCUGGAAUGAAUGUGGCUCGCAUGAACUUCUCUCAUGGAACCCACGAGUACCAUGCAGAAACCAUCAAGAACGUGCGUGUGGCCACGGAAAGCUUUGCUUCUGACCCCAUUCUUUACCGGCCAGUUGCUGUGGCCCUGGACACUAAGGGACCUGAGAUCCGAACUGGGCUCAUCAAGGGUAGCGGCACAGCUGAGGUGGAGCUGAAGAAGGGAGCCACUCUGAAGAUCGUUCUGGAUAACGCAUACAUGGACAAGUGUGAUGAGAAUGUGCUGUGGCUGGACUAUAAGAACAUUUGCAAAGUGGUGAAUGUGGGCAGCAAGAUCUAUGUGGACGACGGGCUUAUUUCUCUGCAGGUGAAGGAGAAAGGUGCGGACUUCCUGGUGACAGAGGUGGAAAAUGGGGGCUCCCUGGGCAGCAAGAAGGGCGUGAACCUUCCCGGGGCUGCCGUGGACCUGCCUGCAGUGUCCGAAAAGGACAUCCAGGAUCUGCAGUUCGGCGUGGAGCAGGACGUGGACAUGGUGUUUGCGUCUUUUAUCCGCAAAGCGGCCGAUGUCCACGAGGUCAGGAAGGUCCUGGGAGAGAAAGGCAAGAACAUCAAGAUCAUCAGCAAAAUCGAGAAUCACGAGGGAGUCAGAAGGUUUGAUGAGAUCCUGGAGGCCAGUGACGGGAUCAUGGUGGCCCGUGGCGACCUGGGCAUCGAAAUCCCCGCAGAGAAGGUCUUCCUCGCUCAGAAGAUGAUGAUCGGGCGCUGCAACCGAGCUGGGAAGCCUGUCAUCUGUGCCACGCAGAUGCUGGAGAGCAUGAUCAAGAAGCCCCGCCCCACCCGGGCUGAAGGCAGUGAUGUAGCCAAUGCUGUCCUGGAUGGAGCUGACUGCAUCAUGCUGUCUGGGGAAACAGCCAAGGGGGACUACCCGCUGGAGGCCGUGCGCAUGCAGCACCUGAUUGCCCGUGAGGCAGAGGCUGCCAUCUACCACUUGCAAUUGUUCGAGGAGCUCCGCCGCCUGGCGCCCAUUACCAGCGACCCCACAGAAGCCGCCGCCGUGGGCGCCGUGGAGGCCUCGUUCAAGUGCUGCAGUGGGGCCAUAAUCGUCCUCACCAAGUCUGGCAGGUCUGCUCACCAGGUGGCCAGAUACCGCCCACGCGCCCCCAUCAUUGCUGUGACCCGGAAUCCCCAGACGGCUCGGCAGGCCCACCUGUACCGUGGCAUCUUUCCUGUCCUGUGUAAGGACCAAGUCGUGUCGGCUUGGGCUGAGGAUGUGGACCUCCGGGUGAACCUGGCCAUGAAUGUCGGCAAAGCCCGGGGCUUCUUUAAGACUGGCGACGUAGUCAUCGUGCUGACCGGGUGGCGCCCUGGCUCCGGCUUUACCAACACCAUGCGCGUAGUGCCUGUGCCUUGAUGGGCCCUGGGACCCCUCUAGCCCCUGCCCCAUCCCCUCCCCCAACCCACCCAUUAGGCCAGCAACACUUGUAGUGCUUCCUCGGGGCUAGUAUGGCGUCCAUGGGCUGGGGCUCCAGGGAAGGGAGUGGAAAGUCCCUGGUGCCACAUGGCCCUGCUGGGUGGGGAUUGUCCAGAGCCUGGUCACCCAUCCUGUGGCACUACCCAAGCCAGGGAAGAAUGAGGGCUGCGGGACCCGAGGCUCAGUGAUGAUUGAAUGCAAGAGGUCAACAAGCUCCCUCCCUUUGUGUGCUCCGUUCAGCGCCUGUGGAACAUGGGUGUCUAGAGAAUGCCCGCCCUGGCCUGGGAACAGCAGACAGCAAGAGCCAGAUGCCUGAGGGUGGCGGGGUAGCAGUGGCUCCAGUGCAAGCAGACUCUGACCCUGGCCCUGAACUUGCUCCCCCAGCCUCUCAGUCUCCCCCGUUCCCACGUGUUACUUGUGCAUUGGACAGGAGUUCCUGCGCUCUCCUCAGCUGUCAAAAACACUUGUGCAGACAAAAACACUCCACCACCUUCCAUUCUUCCCCCACCCCUGCUGCAGCCACCUCCAGGCCUGUUGCUAUAGAGCCUACCUGUAUGUCAAUAAACAACAGCUGAAGCACC